UGAGAUCUGAACUGGUAGCAAUUAAUGUCAUAAACGUGCGUAACUACUAAUGGCUUGUAGGAUAUAUGAGUUGGAAUGAAUAUGAUAUUUUUGAGAGUUGAGAGUUAGUGUUGCUUGUAACUUGUUAGUAGUAAUUCGUAGUAACAAACAGGCCAAAACCAUUGGAAGACUUAGCCUGAGAAGCGGGCACAUUCAACCCAAUCAAAUAUCUCCUCAAAAUCAAUACCUUCUUUCGCACUUGUCUCCAACCUGCAGGGCCAACUCUCAGCCGACAAAUGGAGACGACGCCACUGCUAAACGGGGCACCAUCUACGACUAGUACGUUAACGCUGUUGGAGAAUGGAGACUAUGCGCCGCUGAGGAGCUUCAAGGAAGCGAAGUCGGUGUUUUGGAUAGAGACGGUGAAGACGUGGAAGAUUGCAGGUCCCAUUGCUUUCCAAAUAAUAUGUCAAUAUGGUACCAACUCUUUUACUAAUAUAUUCGUCGGCCACAUCGGUAAUGUUGAACUCUCUGCAGUCACCAUUUCUCUUACUGUCAUCGGAACUUUCUCUUUCGGCUUCAUGCUUGGCAUGGGGAGUGCACUUGAGACACUUUGUGGUCAAGCUUUUGGUGCAGGACAAGUACACUUGCUUGGGGUUUAUAUGCAAAGGUCCUGGAUUAUCUUGCUUGCCACCUGUUUCAUUCUUUUGCCGUUUUACAUUUUCGCCACCCCAAUACUUAAACUUCUUGGCCAAGAAGAUGAGAUCGCUGACCUGGCUGGGCAGUUCACUAUACUUACCAUCCCACAAUUGUUUUCACUUGCCAUUACCUUCCCUACUAUAAAGUUCCUUCAGGCUCAAAGCAAGGUUAACGUGCUAGCUUGGAUUGGUUUUCUGGCUCUGCUUCUCCACAUUGGAAUUCUAUGGCUCUUCAUUAAUGUGUUCGGUUGGGGUACAACUGGUGCAGCCAUAGCAUUUGACAUCACCAGCUGGGAGAUCACUUUAGCUCAAUUCGCCUAUGUUGUUUUUUGGUGCAAAGACGGAUGGCAUGGCUUUUCAUGGUUGGCAUUCAAGGAGAUAUGGGCCUUUGUUCGACUCUCCAUUGCCUCAGCUGUGAUGCUUUGCCUAGAGGUUUGGUACAUGAUGAGCAUGAUUCUUCUUGUUGGUAACCUUAAUAAUGCAGUGAUUGCAGUCGGUUCCCUUUCUAUAUGUCUGAAUUUGAAUGGGUGGGAAGCCAUGUUGUUCAUUGGAAUAAACGCUGCUAUGAGCGUUCGGGUUUCCAAUGAGCUUGGAUUGGGACAUCCAAGAGCAGCCAAAUACUCUGUAUAUGUUACCGUGCUUCAGUCUCUCUUCAUUGGGCUUUUCUGCAUGGUUGUUCUUGUUAUAACCAGGGACCACUUUGCUGUCAUUUUUACUAGCAGCGAAGAAAUGCAACGAGCUGUUGCUCAUCUGGCAUACCUUCUUGGUGUGACCAUGGUUCUUAACAGUGUUCAGCCUGUGAUAUCAGGUGUUGCUGUUGGCGGAGGAUGGCAGACAUUGGUUGCUUAUAUUAACUUAGGUUGUUAUUAUGUUUUUGGUCUUCCGCUCGGCUACCUACUUGGUUAUAAAGCAGACUUAGGAGUGAUGGGACUUUGGGGAGGUAUGAUAGCUGGAGCUGCUUUGCAAACCUUGCUUCUCUUGAUUGUUCUCUAUAGAACCAAUUGGAACAAGGAGGUGGAACAAACAACGGAACGAAUGAGGCUGUGGGGUGGCCAAGACAUCAGUACUGACAGGAUAAAUAAUAGCAUAUGAGAUCAGUUGUUAAAAGAAUGACAAUAUAGAUAUUAGCCUUUAGCAGCAGUUUCGUUUUAUUUCUGGUUAGUUGAUAUUGAAUACUGUCACAAGAUGACAUGAAUCCCUGUUUUUGUCCCUCGUGACUUUUAU